CUCGUUGUGUUGUCUAUAGCACUAUGGCGUCUCUGACAGUUUUGUGUGUAAGAUAAAUAUUUGUCAAACGAAAUUAAUUUUUUUCUUCCCGAUUUUUAGUAAUAUAUUAUUUUUUAUCGCGUGUAAAAAUUAAUAUUAGUAUAAAUUAUGUGGAAGAUAUAAAAUAUAAAAAAAAUGCAAAUUUAAUAACGAAAGUGAUUAAAAAUGUUAGUUCGGACGCUCCCAACGGUUAUCGAAAGUAUUAACAAAGUUUUCUUCAAAUAAAAUGCUCAAAUUACAACGUUCAUGUGUUUUAAAAACUAUAAAAAGUUAGUGAUUGUAUUAAAUCAUGGAGGAAAAGUUAAACAGAGAAUACUUCGACCCUCAGGCCGCAACCUUCAAUUACAAUGUGACGGGCGGUGGAGACAGUGCCAGCGGGGGUUCAGGCGGUUCGGGCAUGGAGUGUCUCCAACUGCGGUCGCAGCCUGGACCGUUCCAUUACCUCAUCUCGGAGCAGGCUAAGUCUCUUGUCGCCCUACAGGAACUCCAGAAUGAGGUCGGAGCUUUACUCGAGUUUCGCGACCUCGUCAUCGAGACAUUCCCGAACUUGCGCUCGAAGAUGGCGCCGUCGACGCCCGCCAGCGGCGCGCGCCGCGACUGGGAGCCCGGCGUGCGCGUCCGCCGCAAGCUCGCCGGCGGCGGGCAGGACGCUGCCCGCGCCAAGCCGCAGCCCUCCGUGCAGGACUCCGGCUUCAGCACCGAGACCUCCUGCGGCAAAGACGCGCACUCCUCCGCCUCCGCCUCUGCCUCCGCCACGCGUUCGCGCCCGCUCGAGGACGAGUUGUGGGCGCUGCUCGACGUCAUCCAGCGCAAGGGCGGCCGUCUGCGCGACGAGGCCGAGCUGUUGCGCGGCGAGCUGGACGAGCGCACCGACGUCGCCGACGCGCGCCACACCGCCGAGGACGAGUUCGCGCGAGCGCUGUCCGCGGCGGCGUGCGAGCCGCGCGAGCCGUGCGGCACGUGCUGCGGCGAGCUGCAGCGCCUGCGCCACGAGCGCGACCUGCUGCUGGCGCGCGCCGCGCAGCUGGAGGCGGCGCAGGCGGUGCAGGCGGCGCAGGCGGCGGGCGCCACGCCGGGGCGCGCGGCGGCGCCGGGCUCGCCGCUGGGGCGGCUGGACGCGGCGCUGGAGACGCCGGCGCGGCCGCCGCGCGUGCCGACGCCAGACUCCAGGAAGUUCGCGGCGAUUCUUCUCGAGAGUAAUCCCGUCGAACUUCAGAGACAGCUGCUCACCUCCACGGUGCAGAACCAGGUAUUAAGUGAGCGAAUGAAGCGUAUACUCGAACAACGCACACUACUGUUGGAGAGGUUGGACCGGGCGCGCGACGUCAACGAGGACCUAAAAUUCAGGCUCGAGGAGAAGAGCAUAGAACUGGAAGGUGCGCGCGCUCGUGUCAGGCAGCUGGAGGGCGCUCGCAGUGACGAGCGGCGCGACGCGCACAGCAGCAUGCGCGACAUGGAGCCGCUGCCGCUGCCCGACGAGCGGUACGAGCGCCACGAGCGACACGAGCGACUCGAGCGACACGAGCGGCACGAGCGGCUCGAGCGACACGAGCGGCUCGAGCGCAGCGACCGGCUCGACCGCAGCCAUCGCAGCGCCGCCAGCGAGCGCAACGACGACGACGAGGACGCGCGCAUCAGCGAGACGCCGCGCCGCGGGCGCCCGUCGCGCAUCCCGCUGCACACUGCGCAUGCGGCGCACAAGGGCGCGGCGCCGCGGCCGCCGCCGAGCAGCGCGCCGCCGCGGCCGCCGUCGGCGCACUCGGCGCACUCGGCGCGGUCGGCGCGGUCGAGCGCGUCGGCGCGGUCGCGCGCGGGCGAGGCGCGGCGCCGGGACGCGCCGGCGGCGGAUGCCAAGGUGCGCGCGCGCUCGUUCUGGAACACGUGGUUCUUUAAGGACUCGUAGGGGCCGGCCCCGAGCUAACCCACCGUGUGAGAGUGCACUGCCCGCGUCUCGGUGGCGGUGCGGGGUCGGACGCGACAUGCCAUUAUGUCGACCGUGAGUUUGGUUCAGUUCCGAUUUAUUUCGCUUGGGCCGCCGGGUUCCCGCGGUGCUUUGUUUGCCGUUUGUUCAGUUCUCUUAUUUUUGAUGCGUAGAGUAGGCGAGCGCACCCCCCGAGAGCGGUCAUUACCGUCACUAACUACCGAAAUGUGACGGUAUAAAAAUCAACCUUGCUUUAGCAUUUUUUAUUAUUUAUUGACACUGUAAAUGAACAAAAAAAAAACGAAGAACAUCAUCCGUCGCUUGACGCACACACAGUUGAGCUAGUUUGAUUUUUAUCCCGCACACUAUUGUUCAUGUUCACAUUAUUUUUUAAACAUCACAUUCCAUGUAAAAGUUACCGUUUCUUGGAUUAUGAAUUAAAAGAGUCCCAAAACUUGCCUUUUAAAAAUUGUGUAAUACCAAAUUAAUUAUAAUUAUUUAUAUCCUGUGAAACGGUAACUUUAAAGAAGUUUUAUUGGCUUGGGAUUUUAACUGUAUUUGUUCACAUAAAUAAUUAAUAAUUUUGUUGUUCAUAACUCAUUGUAACUACACUGAUGUGUCUAAAAUCCUUUCAACAAUGUGUUUAAUUUUGCAAUUUUGAUAUGUUUAUAGAAAUUGUAAGUAAAAGUGGUAAGUGCGAUGUGGAUUUGCCUUUAACCAUAAUAGAAUAUGGUUCAUUAAUUUUGUUGCCUUAGCAGUUUAUUAGAAAUACAUACCAUAACUAUUGUAAUUUCAUUUGGUUGUUAAGUUCUAUUAUAAUUUUAUUUUUACUGACAUAGUGGCAUAAUGGCAAACCAAUGGAAUGAGCACCGUAACACAACGACCAAUGCUCUCACAUGGCCGUAGACUAUACUGAAGUCGUUCACGAGUAGAUAUUACUUAUCAUUAGUACGAGAGAGUAGCGUUUGAUGCACGGAUGUUCAGUCGACAGUAUCGAGCCUGACACACAUUCAUUGAAGAUACACGCGAUUAUAUUUCGAUCACACAACAUACUUUGCACCGAAUGCAUCUCUGUACGCAUCAGUGUCUACACUCGCCGGUCGCAAUUUGCAAACAUUUCCAAAAGCGUCGAGGAGCAAGUGACAACGAGCGUCGGUACUGAUGCGUGCGGGACCGCAGCGCGGGACCCGGCACUCCGCCCGCUUCCGCCAGUAACCGCCGGGACUUUCGACAGACUACCGAACAAGCCUCGGAGGGUCACAGUUCAGAUUGGGAGCGCUACCGCGACUCGUCGCUGGCCGCCGCCGCCGAGUACGUGAGCCGCGUGUCGCGCCUGGCGCCGCUCGUGCAGCUCGCGCCGCUCCCGCCACUCGCGCCACUCGCGCCACUCGCGCCGCUCGCGCCACUCGCCGUGCGCUCCCGGCCGCUGCCGCUGGCGCCGCGCGCCUACUCGCCGCCGCUGCCGCUCGCCGCGGAGCUGGCGCGCUCGCUGCUGUACGACAACUCGCUCGACGACGCGCCGUCACCGGACUCCUUGUGGAACGGCAAGCCACAACAGUAUUUUGAAAGCAUCAACUGCGCGGACGCAGACGCUGACGCCGCCGAUGACGACUAUGACAGCGACUCGCUCGCGCCGUAAGAACAUGCAAGAUAACAUGGCAUCAUAUUACCCUUCGUUAAAAGUGGUUUCUGUGACAUUCCAAGUUUUAAAAAACGCUUUUAGGAGUAACUUAGUGGUCUGUGAUAUGUGUCACCGAUUUUGGAUGUUAUCGCUAUGGUCCCCCCCGCGCCGGACUACACGCGCCUACAUUACUCGUCUCCUGUGUUAGUUAAUGUCGCAGUUAGUCAUAUGUGAAAAAAAAUAUAUAGCAAUUUUUAAUGGUCUCUAUUAUGAUUUGUAUUCUAUCAAAUAAGCGUAAAAAAGUAAUCAAAUGUUUAAUUUAAAUGUAAUAAAAAGAAUUUAUCGAUUGAGUUAUGUUGUGAAUGAUGAAAAGUAUAUACAUGCUGUCUUAUAUAAUCGGUUGCGAUGUUCCAUAAAUGAUGUGCAAACAAUGGUAGCUAUUUAUCCUAAAUAUUGUCAUUCCUGAGCCUGCAUGGGCAGACUGUAACUUAUACAUAGAGUGAGAGCUUGGGACGACUGUAGUAAGGCUGUGAAACGUUGAUGCGUGUCCGAAGUUGUUUCUGCUGUAUAUGUAGCGUGGAAUAAAUGUAAAACAUUAUAUCUUGUUCACACGGUGAAUCUAUCGAUGUGGCAUAACUGUUUAGUAGCGUACUUGUUGAAUAAUAUUCAAACGUCCAGUGCUGAACGUCCUGAUGCCACAACGCAUGACUGCCUUUCUGUUAUAAGAUUAUUGAGAAUUAGUUUGUUUAAUUAGUGUUAAACAUUUUCAUACGGCAGAGCUCGGUAACAAAUAGUAGGAGACUGAUUUUGUAUAAAUAAAUAUGAAAAAGAUAGUGAUAUUUCAAGGUAGGGUCACUCCAUACAAAACCCUUAUUUGUAAUUUCUUUUUUUAUAUUAAUUCUUAUGUAAAAAGAUAAGGCUACUAAGUUAACUACUAGGUAGGUAUCAAUUAAUAUUCCAACUCUUAAAUAUAUAAUGACUGUAUUGUAUGUAAAGUUAGAUAUGUAAUAACUAAGUAUUUAAGUCAACUGUUUAUUGUACAGCUUUCAUUCACGCUACUAGGAAUUGUACAUUUUAAGCCACUAUCUACCUAUUGUUAAGAUACUCAUAAAAUUAUCUAGUUGACUUGAAUCUAGUUGAUGACUUGUGUAAAGUUGUACAGAAAUCAUAUCAUUAUUAUAUACAAAUUAUUCAAAUAAAUUGUUCAAUCCA